AUGAGCAAGGUCCUAAAGCAAACAUUAGCAGAAGAAGCAACUACACAAGUCAAAGAUAGAAGAUACCAGAGACGUGACUUUACAAGUACUAACACUAGUGAUUCAUCACAUAAAGAAGGAAAGGGAGAAUUUGUGAAUGAAGCGAAUGCUAAUGCUAAUUACAGGCGAAAGCUAGCAGAGGAGUCACUCAGAACUGGUACAUAUGCAAAGCUUGGUUGGACACAAGGAUCGUUUUUGCCGUCCCGUCUUCAUUCUUCCUCAAGAAACAUAGGUCAACUGGUCAAGGUUAAGAUAAUGAAAAGGCAAGGUGAAUGGCAAGGCGUCCACAUCCCUAGCAGAAUUAGGUCAAUUAUUUGCCUAAACUUGCCUAGCUUUUCUGGUGGACUGAAUCCUUGGGGAAAACCAAAUAGCAGAAGACGCCGGGAUAGGGACUUGACUCCACCAUUUGUUGAUGAUGGCCUUAUUGAGGUUGUUGGCUUCAAAGAUGCUUGGCAUGGAAUGGUUCUUCUCGCUCCAAACGGUCAUGGGACACGUAUUGCACAGGCACAUGGAAUCCGAUUCGAGUUUCACAAGGGUGCAGCUGACCAUACAUUCAUGAGGAUUGAUGGGGAACCAUGGAAGCAACCUCUCCCUGUAGAUGACGACACCGUUGUGAUAGAAAUAUCUCAUCUUGGCCAAGUUAAGAUGCUUGCUACCCAUGGUUGCAUAUCCAAAGGUGUUGAUGACCCUUCAAGUCAUGGAAAUCAUGAUGCUGAUGCCGAUGACGAUAGUGAUGAAGAAGAUUCAGUUAGAGAUGAGCAGAGAAAGUAUGGAGCAGCAGACACUUUCAAAAUUCCUGUUGACAUUGAUAUUUCUCGCCUCAGUUAAUUCUGUAAUCCAUGUUUGUUAAAAAUUUGCUUCUACAACCUCCAUAUUAAGCUAGAGUGGGGUAUGAUGGCAUUGAUAUUUCAGUAUUUGCAUAGAGAAUUACUUCUUGGUAUAUGGUUCAAGAGACCCUUGAAGACUCUCUUCAUGAACAUGUAAACUUUAUAUAGGCAAGGUUUGAGCCUAACUAUGUUUGGAUUGUUGUUUCCUAAGGUUUUAUAAUGUACCAUUUUGUUUUGUA